CCGUGAGGCGCGGGCGGAGCUGCGGCCGCUCCGGGGGCUCCGGGCGGUGCCGGCCCCGGCGGCUCGGGCGGUACCGCCGGCCAUGACCGGCGAGAAGCUCCGCUCGCUGCGCAGGGACCACAAGCCCAGCAAGGAGGACGGGGACCUGCUGGCGGCCGGCGAGGACGAGGCGGCCGCGGCGCCCGGCGGCGCGUUCACGGGCGGGAAGGGCGGGCGGGCUGGACACCGCGGGCCCGGCAAUCACCGGCACCGCCCGCCCGCCCGCGCCGCGCCCGCCGGGCCCGAGCGCGGCCCCUUCCCCGUGCACGAGUGCGUGUUCAAGGGGGACGUGCGGCGGCUCUCGGCGCUCAUCCGCACCCAGGGCAUCGCCCAGAAGGACAGUCACGGAAACACUCCUUUACAUCUUGCUGUGAUGUUGGGACAUAAAGAAUGUGCCCACCUGCUUUUAGCCCAUAAUGCUCCAGUAAAGGUGAAAAACGCUCAGGGAUGGAGCCCUCUGGCCGAAGCCAUCAGCUAUGGAGACAGACAGAUGAUUUCAGCACUCCUUAGGAAGCUCAAGCAGCAGUCCAGGGAAAGUGUUGAAGAAAAGCGACCUCGAUUAUUAAAAGCCCUGAAAGAGCUAGGUGACUUCUAUCUAGAGCUUCACUGGGAUUUUCAAAGUUGGGUGCCUUUACUUUCCCGAAUUCUGCCUUCUGAUGCAUGUAAAAUACACAAACAAGGUAUAAAUAUCAGGCUGGACACAACUCUGAUAGACUUUACUGACAUGAAGUGCCAACGAGGGGAUUUGAGCUUCAUUUUUAACGGUGACGCCGCACCCUCUGAAUCUUUUGUAGUUUUAGACAAUGAGCAAAAAGUUUACCAGCGAAUACACCACGAGGAAUCUGAGAUGGAAACAGAAGAGGAAGUUGACAUUUUGAUGAGUAGUGACAUUUACUCUGCAACGUUAUCCACCAAAUCCAUCACCUUCACACGGGCCCAGACCGGGUGGCUCUUCCGGGAGGACAAAACUGAAAGAGUAGGAAACUUUCUGGCAGAUUUCUACCUGGUGAAUGGACUUGUAUUGGAAUCAAGGAAAAGAAGGGAACACCUUAGUGAGGAGGACAUCCUUCGGAAUAAAGCGAUCAUGGAGAGCCUGAGCAAAGGGGGCAACUUAAUGGAGCAAAAUUUUGAGCCCGUGCGCCGGCAGUCCCUGACCCCGCCGUCCCCGAACACCAUCACGUGGGAGGAGUACAUCUCUGCUGAGAGUGGGAAAGCUCCUCACCUGGGCAGGGAACUGGUCUGCAAGGAGAGCAAGAAAACCUUCAAAGCCACGAUAGCCAUGAGCCAGGAAUUCCCCUUAGGAAUUGAAUCAUUGUUGAAUGUCUUAGAAGUAAUUGCACCCUUCAAGCACUUUAACAAACUUAGAGAAUUUGUUCAAAUGAAGCUUCCACCAGGCUUUCCUGUCAAAUUAGAUAUCCCUGUGUUUCCCACCAUCACAGCCACUGUGACGUUCCAGGAGUUCCGUUACGACGAGUUUGACGACUCCAUCUUCACGAUUCCUGAUGACUACAAGGAGGACCCCAGCCGCUUCCCGGACCUCUAGUAAACUGGAAGGCUCCUGGUGAAUAUCCACACCGGCAUCCCCAGGGAAAGGGAAUGGAUGCACCCACACUAGGGAUAAAAACGUGGGGCACACAGGAAGGGAUAAACUCCAUAACCCCGGAGAAAAGGGAACGGGCAUCAAUGGCUGAUGUACUGACACUACAGUGGGCAUCUCCUCCACUCCCGAUCCCAGCCGUGUCCUGCUGCUGUUCCCUGUGGCACAGCCAGCCCUGGCAGGGGCAGCUCCAGCCCUGACAGGAGGACCUGCGCUCCUUUUUAAAUUUUUUACGCUGUUGGUGACACACAAGGCCCUGCUGGACCGUCGGCACCGGAGCUGGGCCGUGGCAGGAUGUGAGCCCUGACCCACCUGUCCAUCCCAGGAGCCCUUCCCAGCCCUGCUCCCUGAGCUGCACAGCUCAGCCAUGGAAUGUUGUGGGAGGUAUCCUCAAGGAAUGCCUUGGCUGUAGAUGAAUGAACCAAAGGGCACCACUGGACACUUGGAUUUCCUGCAAUCCAGGGCAGAGCCAGCUGUGCCCUGCAGGGAGGGAGGCCCAGCCUGGUGCUAUCCCUGUCUGAUCCCUUUGUUCCUGCUCCCAGCUGUCCCUUCUCUCACUGCUGUGCUUUCUGGCAGGGGGUCCCUGAGGGUGUGGGAGCACUCCAGGCUUGACUGGCCAGGAUUGGCACCUUUUAAUCCUUAUUUUGCCCUUCACUUGGGAGAGUUGCCCCAGAAUGGCCAAGCAUCACCAGGUCAGCUUGGGUGUGCCCUGAGCAGCCCCUGGAAGCCUGGGAAGCACAGAGGCACCAGGACAAGCUCAGGCAUUAAAACCUUCCUGCAGGAGGAGGUUCCCUGCAGUGGGGUUAUCGUGGUGCUCAUGGGGAGCUUUGGUUUGGGGCAUUUCCAUAUUAAUUUCCUGCCUCUUCGUAUUUUAAUCACAGAGAUUCCCAGACUGGUUUGUGUUGGGAGGGAUCUUAAAGCUCAUCUUGUCCAACCCUCAUCGUGGGUGUUUCAGUACUCCAGCUCCUCAAGCUUAUUCCCAUUCCCAGUGGUUCCAGUCUCCUCAUCUGACAAUAAUCCAGCUUCUUGGGGUUUGUUAGGCAGGAUUUGUGCAAAAGGCUGAUGGUGCUAUUUGUUUGUAUGAAGAAACUUAGAUUCAAGUGCUGUGGUGUCAUUGUACAAAAAUGUAAAUAUUUUCCAAAUUAUAUUCUUUGUGCACUGUAGGUAAAACUUUUUCUGGAAUUCCAUAGAGUUAAGGAUCAAAGUUUAUAAUGAAGAGGAUCAUCGAUGCUUAGUGGAGUGAACAGCUGUGCUGCCCACGAGGGAUCAAGGGAGGGGCUCAGCACGAGGCAAGGUGUCAGGCACACCUGUGAUUCCAAACUGUUGGAAUCUGAUCCAUCCCAAAGAGGCUGCUCUGGGGAAGAACAGGGAGGAGUCCCAGGGAAUCACUGUCAGCAAAGCCCAUGUGCACUGGAGUGGGAGGGUGGGGUUGGUCCUCUCCCAGCUCUGCUGUAGACCUGCAGGGAACAGGGAGCACUGGGGCAGGGGAGAAGUGCAGCUUUGCAGCCUGGCAUAGAUACACUGGAGUUGUUAAUUCAGAUUCAAAUCCCAAAUAAAACUGUAGGGAAACAAGCAAAGGGACAUGGCUCCUGCAGUGCUGUGUAGGGCAGGUGUGGAACAUCCACUGGGAAUGAUGGAACUUGAUCUCCAAAGUAAUGAUGAAUUCCUGAAGUGUUUCACACCUCACCCACCUCCUGCUGCUCCUCAGGGCCAGCCAGGAUCCUGGGAUGAGUGUUGGUGGGGCCUGGCUGCCCUGGCCCCUCGCAGUGCCCGUUCAGGGCAGAAUGUUUUGUGCAGCUGCAGGACCUGUGCCAGGAGCUGAAGCAGGUGCCAAACAGUCCCCUUGGGAAUUCCAGCACAGGCAGGAAGUUUCCCUGAAGGUGAAUGUUAGAAGUCCCUUUCCUCAGCAUUAGAGGGAGGGAUCCACAGGUUUGUAUUACUUUGCUUUUCUGGUUAUCCCAAAUUCUUCCAUGGCUCCAUGGAAGGUGCAUCACUGGGGCUGUGGGUCUUGGGCAUUGCAGCCACUGCCAGGGAUGGGGGCUGGGCUGGGAGAAAAACAGAAAAAGGGGUUUAUGUGGCCUAAUGUGAGACUGAGGGUCCUGUGGCUCCAUCUGCCCCUGGAACAGCCCCUGGUGAUGACUGGCCACCAGGUCUCUGCUCAAAGCCCCCGGCAGGUCUGGGGGUGUUUCCUAUGGUUCCUGUGGGCUCUGGCUGCAGGUUUGCGGGAUUGAACCCCCUGGGGACACAGCUGCUCCCCUGGACACCGGUGGGGUUUGCAGGAAGGUUUUGCAGCGAGUUGCUGUUGAGGCUUGUUCUGAGUUGGAUUGUGGGAACAGCUUUGAGUGGCUGCCCUUGUUCUGUAUUAUCCCAAUGAACACACUUGGCUGCUCCUCCUCCCUCCCCUCCCUCCCUGUGGAGCUGAGGGAUGGGACUCCCCCUGGGUUGGCCCUUCAGCUCCAGUUCUGGGGGCUCCCAGAGCUGCUCUUGGUACAUUUUCCCCUGGCCCUUGGGGCUGUGUUUGCUGUCUGAAACAUUCCUAGGGAUGAGUUCUCACACUUAGGGACACCUGGGGCACAAUUUCCCAAUGGAUACACUGCAGGAAUCCUCAGUGAGAGGGACAUUGGGCUGAGCCCCUCCUGGGGACAGGCAGUGGCUGUGCCACUGUGGUUCCCCAGGAAUUAUCCACCCUGAUACCUGUUUUCUUCCCUGAAGUUGGUUUUUCUCACUGGGAUUAUGUUGCACAGACACUCGGUGUGUUUGUGGGCUGGGAAUGUCUCCCAGGAGCUCCAGCAGUGCCUGGGGAGGUGUUUCCCGUCCAGAGGGAACCUCAGCCCCAGGCGGGGGUGGGCAUAGGGUCCCUCCCCCUUCCUAUUUCCUGGUCCCAUGUCUCUGGGAAAUUCAUUUUUCUGGCAGGAUUGAUCCUUCAGCUUGGCUUUUCCCCUUUUCCUCGAGGCCAGGCCAGGUGUUGGGAAGGUUUGGUCCCUGGGACCAAUGCUGUGCUCUGUGGAGCGAGCACAGAUUCACCAUCCUUGUACAGAGUUGUGUCUGUGGCAGCUCAAGCUCAUCCCUGGGGCAGGAGGGACCUCCCUGCAGAGCCCCCAUGGCUUGGAUAUGGCUGGGGGACCAGGAACACCCCCUGGACCUGCCAGCUGGCGGUGGGUGUCCAGGUGGGAUGGAAAAGGGAGUGGGCACGGCCUGGGUGGGAAUGGCUGUGUCCUGCUGCACUCGGACACUGCAGGGGCAGGUGGGGAGGACAAACAGCCUGGAGCCUGCCCGGGGCUGUGCUCCCAUCCCACCACAGCUUUCCUGAGGUUUUCAUGGUUACUAAAAGACAACAACAAAUUUUGCUAAACCAAAUUCAGAAAUGGUUGCGGGAGAAUCCCAUGGGUUGUUUCUGAACCCAACUAUUCCACUGGUCUUCCAACCUCCUGCUCUCACCUGUGGCACAGGGAAGGUGUUGGUUUUUCCCUCCAGGAGCUGCUGUCCAGCCACUGCACUCACCUCCCUGCGAUUCCAUUGUUACACAAACCUCCAGGCGUGUUUGUGCUGGAAUCCCACCAUGUUAUGUUGAUAUUCCCACCCACCCUCUGUUCUUUUCAUGUCUAUUUCUGAGUUGUAAUUCCCGCCAAGAGAACUGCGUUAUUUAAUCCGGAUUAACCAAUUCCUGUAAUGCUGCAGUUUCACUCUUUAUUUUCCUGACAGUUUGUAACUCCCAUGGAAACAAGUCACUUCUCUUGCGUUUUACUGUCGUCUGGUCCCUGUUUUUAUCUUCCCUUCACUAAUAGUCAGUUUUGGUUGUAUCAUUUGUUAGAAUAAAGACCAAAAUAUGCUGUUUGAUUCUGAAACUGCUCCACCUGUGCAAUCCAGGCUUCUCUCUCCGGGACAGCUCUGCUGUGGCUGUGUCUGGGAGCAGGAUUGGAGGGGAGGGACAAGCUCACGCUGCUGAGUCCUGCAAGGGCAUUUUCUUGGUCAUUUUUUAAAUAAAAUCCUGCAUUUUCAUUACA